AUGGCAUCGUUCCCUGUGGUGCUGUUCCUCCUUAUGCUGUUGCCUCUGUCUUUGCCCAUUGAAGGAAAGGAUCCUCCAUUUUCCGAUCUGCUCACCUCACAAGCAGCAGUGCAAAAGGAGAUUGUAAAUAAGCACAAUGAGCUGAGGCGAGCGGUCUCUCCCAGUGCCAGCAACAUGCUCAGAAUGGAAUGGAACGCAGAUGCAGCAAACAAUGCCCAAAAGUGGGCUAAUAAAUGCACUUUAGAACACAGUAACUCAGAGGACCGAAAAACCAGUACAAAAUGUGGUGAGAAUCUCUUUAUGUCAAGUGACCCUACUUCCUGGUCAAUAGCAAUCCAACACUGGUAUGAUGAGCGGGAAUAUUUCAACUAUGGGGUAGGACCAAAGGAUCCCAAUUCAGCUGUUGGACAUUACACUCAGCUUGUUUGGUAUUCAUCUUACCAAGUUGGAUGUGGAGUUGCCUUCUGUCCCAAUCAAGAAAAUCUCAAGUAUUUCUACGUUUGCCAGUACUGUCCUGCUGGUAAUAACGUGCUUAAAAAGAGCACCCCUUACCGACAAGGCGCGCCUUGUGCCGACUGCGCUGGAAACUGUGACAAAGGGCUGUGCACCAAUAGUUGUGAGUUUGAAGACCUCCUCAGUAACUGCGAAUCCUUGAAGAACACUGCCGGCUGCGAACACGAGCUUCUGAAGGAAAAGUGCAAGGCCACUUGCCUGUGUGAUGGCAAAAUCUACUGA